GGACAGGCACUUCCACGAUGAGGCUUCCUGGAUGGUACUGGCUGAGCUGCGCGGUCCUGGCUGUCUGCGGAGCAGGGCGAGCGUACAACCUGACCCAGGGGCUGGAGGAUGCGAGCGCCCAGGCCGCCGCCUGCCCCGCUAGGCUGGAGGGCAGCGGGAAGUGCGAGGGCAGCCAGUGCCCCUUUCAGCUCACUCUGCCGGCACUGACCCUCCAGCUCCCGCCGCAGCUCGGCAGCAUGGAGGAGGUGCUCAAGGAAGUGCGGACCCUCAAGGAAGCCGUGGACAGUUUGAAGAAGUCCUGCCAGGACUGCAAGUUGCAGGCUGACGGCCAUGGAGACCCGGGCGGGAACGCAGCAGAGACGGCCAGGGACAGCCGGGUCCAGGAACUGGAGAGUCAGGUGAAUAAGCUUUCCUCUGAGCUCAAGAAUGCAAAGGACCAGAUCCAGGGGCUGCACGGGCGCCUGGAGACGCUACAUCUUGUAAAUAUGAACAACAUCGAGAACUACGUUGACGACAAAGUGGCAAAUCUAACGUUUGUGGUCAACAGUUUGGACGGCAAAUGUUCCAAGUGUCCCAACCAAGAAUACACCCAGUCACAGCCGGUUCAACACCUAAUAUACAAAGAUUGUUCUGACUACUAUGCAAUAGGAAAAAGGAGCAGUGGGACCUACAGAGUUACCCCCGACCCCAGGAACAGUAGCUUCGAGGUGUACUGUGACAUGGAGACCAUGGGUGGAGCCUGGACGGUGCUGCAGACUCGCCUCGAUGGAAGCACCAACUUCACCAGAGACUGGAAGGACUACAAAGCAGGCUUUGGAAACCUUGAACGAGAAUUUUGGCUGGGUAAUGACAAAAUCCAUCUGCUGUCCAAGAGUAAGGAGAUGAUUUUGAGAGUAGAUCUUGAAGACUUUAAAGGUGUCUCUCUGUAUGCCUUGUAUGAUCAGUUUUACGUGGCUAAUGAAUUUCUCAAGUAUCGAUUGCAUAUCGGUAACUAUAAUGGCACAGCAGGAGAUGCCUUACGUUUCAGUAAACAUUACAACCAUGAUUUGAAGUUUUUCACCACCCCUGACAGAGACAAUGACCGGUACCCUUCUGGGAACUGCGGGCUCUACUACAGCUCAGGCUGGUGGUUUGAUGCAUGUCUCUCUGCAAACUUAAAUGGCAAAUAUUAUCACCAGAAAUACAAAGGUAUCCGCAAUGGGAUUUUCUGGGGCACCUGGCCAGGGAUAACCCAGACACAGCCUGGUGGCUACAAGUCCCCCUUUAAAAAGGCCAAGAUGAUGAUUAGACCCAAGAAUUUUAAGCCAUAAAUCGUUAGUGUUCAUCUCUGCUGGUACUCAUUAUCUAAAAGGCAAUGAAUUCCUUCUGCCCUUUACCAUAUACUCCUUUGCUAUGGAUGAAACAUUUCCUUUUAAACUUCACAGAUUUUGAAACAAAGUUAAAAAUAUCUAAAGAGACUACUUUGUUGCUGGUAUACAAAGAAUGCUUGUAAGCUCUGGAGUUAUUGACAAUUAUACAUUAUUUCUGCAAAUGCUUUAAUUUUCAUAGCCGAAAAAGUUCCCUACUAUAUUUAUUACUUUUUAUAAUUAAAAAAACUAAAUUAUUCAGCAUGCUAAAUUCUAUAUAAACACUUUUAUUUUUACUAGGGCUAAACUUGCAUAUUUGAGAAUACAUCAGUCUUUUCAGGUCAAAGUUACUGUGUAUCUGUAUGUAGCCAAGAAUUGUAGUAUUUGUUUUGCACCAAGAGACCUUUUAAGUUCUUAAAAAAGACGCAGGGAGAUAAUAUGUGUAGCUAAACUUAUUCGUGCAAUAUUCAUGAAAUGUAUAAUAUGUCAUUAAAAUAUCUUAAAAUGAAGUAGCAUAAUGUUUCUUCCCCAUCCAAGCUGGAGAAUGACAAUAACCCUGAAGACUUUGGUUUAGUAGUAAUGCAUUCACUGUUUAUAUAUAGCCUAUUAGAACCUCAUGCAAAACCUGCUUUGCAGUCAGCCUCUGCUCUGCUCCAGAUGCACAAUAGUUUUCAAUGUAAGGUGCUAGAACUACUGUAAGACUUUCUUGGGGAAAGGCACAAUAGGGAAAAAAAGCAUUUAUUUAAACUUUGAAAGCCAAUCCUACACCCAAAGCAAUACUAUUGUUGAGGGAUCAACUUCCUAGGAGGCUGACUUUUCUAGAAUAAAUUUACUUAAGAUGAAUUUUGAAAUAGUAGUUCAAAAUUUAUACAUUGUAAUACCAAAUUAAUUGGAUUGCUUAUUUCAGUCUCAGAAAUUCAAGGAAUAUAAUAUUCCAAACAUAAGUUCCUAGAUCUUUUAGAAUUUCUUAAUUGUAGAAUGCCAAGGAUCAUAUUAAAAGGCUUUUAGGAGCAGUUUCAUUUUAUCAUUGUGAAAAGGGACCAUUUCAGAGAGAAACAAGGCUUGACAGGAAUUAAGUGACCAAACGUAAAAUAUAGAUUUCAAAGGCUGUUUACCUACUUGGUACAAUAUUGAAUGUAAGUGGCGUAAUUGAUUUUAUUUUUUCCAUUUAAAAAAGCCAAGAAGAUUUUGAUAUUAUACAAUAUAUGUGUUUCAAAUCCUGUCUACUAUAUGUAACUGUAUAAGUCUAAAGACAUUUAAGUCAUAAAAAUGGACUGAUGAUAGCCAAGAAAAGUAUACAUUCAUAUUUAGUGUGUCUUUUUCAGGAGAGUUUGGUGAAUAACAGUAAAUACAUGUAAAUUAUCUUUGCACAUUCAAUGGAUCAUUUCCUACUAUACUCUUAUGGUGGUUUUCUAAUGAACUCUUUAACACAGAAAUUUAUUUUUAAAAUCAUUUUCUGUCACUCAUUUAAAAAUAUAUUGUAGACUUCGAUAAUCUUUAACCUGUUUAUUGAAAUAGUCCUUUGUUUUUACUGUUCACCAAUAAAUGUCAAUGUUCAUAAAUGUA